AUGAAGUUCACUAAUUCUGUGAUUCUUCUCCAAGCGUUGGUAUCAGCCUCUUUGGCCCUGCCAAUUGAAAACAGCAAUGGUGCCAAGCCUUUGAAUUCGACUGCCAGUCCAAUUGGUUUGAUGGCUAUUAAUCCUGAACGAGAUGAUGUUCACCAACGCUCAGUCAUUGCCAAGUCGGAUGGUUCUCUUUGGCUCCGUAAGGGUACCGGCUCUGAUGCCGUGGGCUCCGUCGACCGUGAUAUGGCUGUCCAGCCCAUGGCUGGCGGUCGUAGACUUACAGUUGGUCAGGAUGGAUCUCUUCAACUUGCUGAGAAAGUAGAUACCUCUAACAGCGAAGAAUUUUCUAUUGAUGUUAAGGACUAUGUUCUUCACUUGACUACUAAGGAUGCUAUGGCCUGUCCUGUUGACGAUCAAUAUAAAGUGUUCUGGGGAGCCAAUGUCCGUUGCGAAGGUGGUAUUCCUGUCAAGCUGCAAUCAAUAAAUUUGGAAGCCAGUAACAGCAACAACACCAGUGCCAACAAACUUUUGAAACGUCAGAAUUACGGUGGUGCCUACAUCUGGCACGAACCGUUCUUUGAUUGCCAGGGUCAAUACCAUGAGGGUGUUCACUCAUGCGACGAAGCUUAUAUUUGUGACCGACAAUACUUUGACAAUAGAUGGCAUGAUGGCCAAUGGAGAAAUGGUGUCUGGCAUGAGGGCAAUUGGGGUUCUGAUGGUAUCUGGCACGACUCAGUUUAUGAUGGCAGAUUCACUCCUGAAAGAGAUGGUCGUUAUGGACCUUAUGGCCGUCACCAUGGUGGGUAUGAGAACGGCGGUUGUGGUCGUGAAGAAUGUGGCCGUGAAGAGUGUGGCCAUGAAGGAUCCUGUGGACGUGAACGCGAACGCGAACGUGAGGAGUGUAGUCGUGAAGAGUCAUGCGGUCGUGAAGAAAGCUGCGGCAGAGAAGAAUCCUGUGGUUGUGGAAAUGAAGGCUGUGGUUGUGACGGUCGCUAUGAUGGCCGUUAUGAGGGUCACCACGGACGACACCACGAGGGGUAUCACGAUGGUCGCUACGAUGGUCGUUAUGAUGGACGCUACGAUGGUCGCUAUGAUGGCCGUUAUGAUGGUCGUUAUGAGGGCCGUUAUGAGGGUGCUCCCUACGACGGACGUCACCAUGAAGGUCGCUACGAAUGUGAAGAGGAACGUGGUUGCGGCUAUGAGCACCACCCUUCUAACCAAGGCUGUAAUGAAUAUGGCGGUUAUGGCCGAUAUGGAUAUCACGAGCUAGUCAAGACUGAGGAAGCAGUUCCAGCUACCGAAGAAAUGGAAGCUCAAGCUGUCGAAACCCCUGCUGAAGCCACUGUAGCAGUUGCUGAUGCCGUUGUGCCUGCUGAAGAAGAAGAACAAUCAGCUGUAGCUCCAGUAGUUUCACUUGCCAAGCGUCUUUUUGGACUCUGUGGAGGCAGUAGCAACAAGGGAUGUGAUUCCGGAUGCGACAGUGGAUGUGAUAGCGGUGGUGGAAGCUCUGGAUGUAGCCUUUGCGGACUCUGUGGCGGAGGUGGCGGUGGCAGCAGCUGUGGAAGCAGUUGCGGAAGUGGUUGCGGAAGUGGUUGUGGAAGCAGUUGCGGAAGUGGUUGCGGAGGUGGCUGCGGUAGCAGCUGUGGUGGAUGUGGCAGUUGCGGUGGUGGCUGCGGUGGUAGUGGCUGUGGCGGCGGCGGUGGCGGCUGCGAUGACGACUGCUAUGACGAUAGCUACGACUGUGGUUCCUCUGGUUGUUUUGGUAUCUUCAACAAACGAGAUGCUGUUGUACCUACUGAAGUGGCCACUGAACAAGACUUGACAAACAACCUAUGUUGCCCAUGCUGCUGCAAAUGUGGAUGCUGUCUUGCCAAGAGAGACGAAUCUGCAGUUGCUACUGAAGAAGAUAUCAAUUCUGCUUUUUUCUGUCCCAGCAGCUGCUGCGGAGGAUGCUGCUGUGGAGGUAGUAGCAGUGAUGAUGAUGACGAAGACGACUGUGGUUCAAGUUCCAGUUCUAGUUCCUGUGGAUCCAGCUCGGGUUCUAGUUGUUGUGGAUCAAGUUCUGGAUCUAGCUCCAGUUCAGGCUGUGGAAAAUCAUCUGGUUCUAGCUGUGGAUCAAGUGGAUCUUCAGCCCCCAAUUGUGCUCCAGAACCCGCUCCAGCACCCGUACCCGCACCAAUCCCAGCUCCAGCACCAGCACCAGCUCCUGUCUAUCCAGCACCCGCACCUGCUCCUGUUCCUGUGUCACCUGCUCCUGCUCCUGCUCCCGUGGCACCAGCUCCAGCUCCAGUUUGCCCGGCACCAGCACCAGCCCCUGCUCCUGCUCCUGCUCCUGUUCCUGCUCCUGUUCCCGCUCCGCCAGCUCCCGUGUGUCCAGCUCCUGCCCCUGCACCAGCUCCUCCUCCUCCGCCUCCACCUCCACCACCUCCUGUCUGCCCUGCUCCGGCACCAGCUCCAGCACCCCCUCCACCCCCUCCUCCUCCACCUCCACCUCCACCUCCACCUCCACCUCCACCUCCAGCUCCCGUAUGUGCUCCACCACCACCACCUCCUCCACCAGCACCAGCACCAGCUCCCGUGUGUGCUCCACCACCUCCACCUCCACCUCCUCCUCCACCACCUCCACCUCCUCCUCCACCUCCUCCUCCUCCACCACCUCCACCUCCUCCUCCACCACCUCCACCACCACCUCCUCCAGCUGAGCCCUGUGAGCCAGAACCUGCUCCUGCUCCAGAGCCCGAGCCAGUCUGGUCAGAGCCCUGUGCUGAGGAGCCCGAGCCCGUUCCCGUUCCCGCACCCAGCGAGUGCGAAAGCGCCGAGAACAGCGAGGAGGCCAACUAA